UGAAAAAUCAGAACCAGCAACCAAAGUCCUUUCACUUUCCCUGUCUUUUAGUUUUGACUGUUUCGAAAUCCCUGCGCUUCUUGAGUAAUUUGAGGAGGCAUCGUUGAAGUGGAUUGACCCAGCACUGCACAGAUUCGCUGCUGAAAAAAAGGUUGGGAUGGGUUGUGACUUUUCUAAGUACUCGGCAUGCUGCUGGGGUACACAGCAAAAUGGUCCAGUUCCUCAGGCUCAUGUUGAUGAAAAUGCAGACAACAUUGAGGGCUUUGACCUGCCGUGGUUUCAUGAAUUUACAAUCGAUCAGCUUAGGAGGGCUACAUCUGGAUUUGCAGUUGAAAAUAUAGUUUCUGAGCAUGGAGAAAAGGCUCCAAAUGUGGUCUAUAAAGGUAGACUUGAUAAUCAGAUGCGAAUUGCUGUCAAACGGUUCAACAAGAAUGCUUGGCCAGAUGCUCAACCAUUUUUGGAGGAGGCCAGGGCUGUUGGUCACCUGAGGAACCAAAGAUUGGCAAAUCUGAUAGGAUGUUGCUGUGAAGGUGAAGAGAGGUUACUCGUUGCUGAAUAUAUGCCCAAUGAUACUUUGGCAAAGCAUUUGUUCCAUUGGGAAACUCAGCCCAUGAAAUGGGCAAUGCGAAUGAGAGUUGCUUUGCACCUUGCUGAAGCUCUAGAGUACUGUACCAUCAAAGGACGUGCACUAUAUCAUGAUCUAAAUGCUUACAGAGUUCUUUAUGAUGAUGACUACAAUCCUAGACUUUCUUGCUUCGGUCUGAUGAAAAAUAGUCGAGAUGGGAAAAGUUAUAGUACGAAUUUGGCAUUUACUCCACCUGAGUAUCUGAGGACAGGCAGAGUUACUCCAGAGAGUGUAACUUAUAGCUUUGGUACCCUCUUGCUUGACCUUCUCAGUGGAAAACAUAUUCCUCCAAGCCAUGCCCUUGACCUGAUUAGAGACAAGAACCUUCAGACGCUAUCAGACUCUUGUUUAGAAGGACAAUUUUCAAAUGAUGAGGGAACUGAGUUAGUGCGCCUAGCCUCACGAUGUUUGCAAUCCGAACCCCGAGAGCGUCCUAAUCCGAAGUCACUGGUCACUGCUCUAAUACCUCUACAGAAGGAUUCUGAGGUUCCUUCUCAUGUGCUGAUGGGUAUACCAGAUGGUACUGCAGCUUUUCCCCUUUCUCCGCUUGGGGAGGCUUGUCUACGAAUGGAUCUGACUUCCAUACAUGAAGUGUUGGAAAAAAUCGGGUAUAAAGAUGAUGAGGGUGCAGCAACUGAGCUUUCAUUCCAAAUGUGGACGAACCAGAUGCAGGAAACAUUGAACUCGAAGAAAAAAGGGGAUGCCGCUUUCCGGCACAAGGACUUCAAAACUGCAAUCGAUAGCUAUACAGUGUUCAUUGAUGUUGGAACCAUGGUUUCUCCAACAGUUUAUGCACGUCGUAGUCUAUCUUAUCUCAUGAGCAAUAUGCCAGAUGAAGCACUUAAUGAUGCAAUGCAAGCACAAAUAAUAUCCCCGGUUUGGUACAUUGCAUUUUAUUUACAAGCCGUUGCUCUCUUAGCACUGGGCAAGGAGAAUGAGGCCCAAGUGGCUCUGAAAGAGGGUUCUUCACUUGAAACUAAAAAGAACCCAAAUUAGUUGAGUUCAUUGGCGCCACAUCUCACUUUCUGGUUCCGGAAGAUAACUUACAUAGAACAAGUGCUGGUUUCUCAGUGUUUGGGAAAACUGACAUGGGGCUCCAGUUCCUUAUCCGGGCAAAUUGUAUUGCAUGGAAUAGAGUGGUUUAUUAUACUUGUGCAUGGCUGGUUCAUUGGUUGCCUAGAAGCAUUCUUUUGCACAGACUAGAGUCACCACAAAAUUAUACAGUAUCUAUUUGCAUCAGAGUUCUCUUUUUGUUGUUUAGUCAGUGAUGUUAGUAUAAAGAUGAUGGGAAGAAUUUAAGAAACUUUUGGAAGAGUUGUGUUUGUAAAGGUUCACUUGUCAGUUUAUGUCAGUGUUUGUUGGGCAAACAACAAAUGCUGUUGUGCUUGUAAUUUAAUGUACAGAGCAAUUGGUUAUGGCUACGUGUCGACAUGAAAUAGGCUGUUUUUGUAUGUUAUAUUGAUAUUGAUUUUGCAUCUAAUAAAUUCUUUUAAUCUUUUCUUGC